GAGUGAUUUUCCUGUUUUACGCGCAGUAACAGUUGAAUAUUAAAGCUAGCAAGAUGGAAAAACUAAACACUCUUGUGGCUCUGCGGCACUUGUACAGAUUUUGGAAGAUAUUGUGUGUACUACCAUGGUCCAAUUUUAAAAACAUGUCGAAAAUUUGGUUAGGUUUUAUAUUUUUCAUAAACAUAACAAUGGUAAUGGGCCUUAUAUUUGAUUUUAUAUUAUAUGUAAACUGGGAACACGUGUUACAUAAUAGCCCAUUCUAUUUCGGAGCCCCAGUGGAUACUGCGAAAUACUUUCUAAUUUUUUUCAUGCGACAAAAACUGUGGAAACUAAAAGAUUUAUUCCGUCAAUUAGAUGAAAGCAUUACUUCAGAGGAAGAUAAACUGUUUCUGAUGAUGACAAUAAAAAAAGUGCAACGAAUAUUCGUUGCUUAUAACGUUAUUAUGUGGAUAAGUGUCUACAGCCGGAUAGUAACUUUCUUGCAAACUCAUGGAGAAAUUCCCAUGUUACCAAUGUGGUUCCCAUUUGAAGGGAAGUUAGUGGUAUUUUUCUACCAAUUUUCUUGUUGGCAUUUUCUGGGAUUUCAAAAUGGUUCCAGUGACAUAUAUGCACCAUGCUUUUUCAUCUUAUUGAACUCACAUUUGAAGAUCCUAACUCGCAGAUUGUCCAAAGUUGGAAAUGACUCGAAAGAAAGUGAUAACAGUUAUUUGGAUCUUGUAGCUUGCAUUGAAAGUCAUCUUAUAAUUCUAAGAAUUCAUAAUAUUCUCAAAGUUAUAAUCUCGAGAACAGUUCUGAUUCAAAUUGUUAUAAUAAGCAUUUCAAUAUGUGUUAAUAUUCUGUCGAUCGCGUUAUUGGCCCUAUCACACGCAGAAAUAAUCUUUUUGCUUACAUAUUCAUGUAUGAUCAUUCUGGAGAUAUUACCAAUUUGCUACUAUGGAGACCAAUUCUUAGAUUUUAGCCGAAAGUUUGCAGAAACGGCCUACGGUACUGAUUGGAUCUUUCAACGACGAAAUUUUCGCGUUGCCAUCAUGUUGAUAAUUCAAAAAUCUCAGAACCCGGAUCCGAUUCUUGCUGGCGGUAUUAUUCCAAUUUUGUUGCCCACAUUCCUAUCUGUGUUACGCCUCGCCUAUUCACUUUCGGCGAUAUUUUUUAAUAGGCUCUACUAACUCACAUGUAAACAUACAAUGUUAUGGUAUAUAAGCUUAACUAACAUAUUAUUAUAGUUGUUUGCAAUAA